UAGUAGACAGUUGCACACUGCACAGUAACAGUAGUGCAGUUACCAUAGUCAUGCCGCUGGUCAAUGGUUCGCGGACCUUUUUACACAUGGUUUCUACGAUAUUAUUAUGAAUUAAUUAUAAUUUAUCAUGUCUUGUGAAUAGUAAUAUAUUAACAAUUAAUAAGUAUUAAUAACAUUUUAUAUUCCAUAGUAUAUAAUUUAAAAACAUAUUAUAUCGUCGAACUUUUAUUUUAUUUUCUUCAGAAAUGAAUCAUAUUAACAGUGCAAAAGUAAAGAUGAUGCCCAUAUUCAAGUAUGAAUGUUUUGAAGAUCCAUUACCAAAUCCAAACAGCAAGAAGAUUAAGUGUAAAAAUUUUAAACUUUCUCAAAAUCGCUUUAAUGAAAAAAAAUUGCCUGUAUUUGAUUCAAUGUUUCAAAUUAGUUACAACAAAAACAUUUGCACAACAAGUACUGUACAAAAUUUUAUGUCAUUAUAUAAUAAAGUAAAUAAAUUACAAAAAGAUUACACACCCUUGCACUUAGCUAUCGAAAUGGGUAAUUUUCACUUGAUUCAAUUUUUAUUAAGACUUCCCACCAUCAAUGUCAAUACUUUUACGGGUACCGGUUUCACAGGACUUCAUAUGGCUAUUAAGUCUGAAAAUGUAACUAUUGUCAAAUAUUUAUGUGAGUAUUCUGAUAUUGAUUUAGAAGCAACAUCAAAUUGUGUUGGUACACCACUGAUUUAUGCUACGUUAAUUUCAACUCCAAUAAUUUUGAAAACAUUAAUUGAUUAUGGCGCUGAUGUUAAUAAGACAUUUACAGCAGACUGUUUGAAUUCUUUGAUGUUAGCUAUUCAUAAUCAUAAAAACGAACACAGUUGGAUAUUGGCUGACAGUGGUAUAUGCCCUUUGCACACAGAUGUAAAAAAAUGGAAUGCCUUACAUUAUGCUGCUAUAUUUAAAGCUUCUACUGAAUUACUGCAAAAACUAAUAGAAAUAGGUUGUGACCAAAAUGGUAUUACACGAGAGGGCAUGACACCUUUACACCAUGCAGUUAUUUCUGGAAGUAUUGAUUCUGUUCAAAUACUUGUGAUGAAAGCGGACAUUCAUAUAACAGAUGAAAAUGGACUUACUGCUUUACAUUAUGCUGCAUAUCAAGGACAUUGGGAAAUUGUAAAAAUAUUGUUAGCUGCUGGUUCUAGACCAAAUAAGAAAACAAACAGCAAAGUAACACCUUUACAUUUUGCAGCCAAACACGAUCGGUUUUUAGUGGUAGAGGAACUAUUAAAGUGCUAUGUUGAUGUUAAUGCUGUUACUAUGCAAUGCAAUACACCAUUACAUUAUGCGGCUUGUAAUGGAAAUGAAAAAAUGGUUGAAGUUUUAUUGAAACACGGAGCCGAUCCAAAUAUUCCAAACAAAGACAAUGAUUUGCCUAUACACCUUGCUUGUUUACGUGGUGCUAUUGAUGCUGUAAAGUUAUUAUGUUUGAAUACAUCAAAUAUGGAUUGUCGAAAUAAAAACAAUAUGUCACCUUUAUACAAUGCUGUCUUAAGUACUAAUGAAAAGUUAAUAAAGUUUUUAUUGAAUAAAUAUAAAUUUAGUAUUGAUACUGAUUUGUUUAGUGUGGCUUUACGUUCCGGAAACAUACACAUAAUUAAAAUUAUAAUUGAUAGAACUAAUGAAUCAAUAUUAAAGGAUGAAGUAUUUUGGUUCAAGAUAAUUGGUUUUACUGGAUCUCUAGAAAUAAUUAAGUUAUUUGUUAAACGUGUUCAACCACCUAUUUCAGUUAUAUCAAGUCUAGUAGGAUAUGCCACACAUUUAGGUCAUUGUGAUAUCGCUCGAUUUUUACUAGAAUAUGUUAGAACAUGGGAUGAUCUUCUUGAUGGAGAAGGAAAUACAGCAUUAUACUACGCAAUACAUAAAAAUGAUACAGAAUUAGUUCGCUUACUGAUCGAAAAAGGUUCAAAUGUGAAUCACAUAAAUGAUGCUGGUAUUACAUUAUUACAAUCUGCGUCAAAAAAUGCUAAUACGGAAAUUGUGAAGUUGUUAUUGAAGAAUUGGACUACAUGUUACAAUUUGAAUAACGAAACUAUCUUAUAAUAUAUUACUAUUUCUUUCACAUAUUAUAACAUAUUGAUUAUUUGGACAAAAAAAGUAAUAUUUUAUUUUAAAAUUAUAUACCUUAAGUUAUUUUAUAUUUAAACUAUUUUUAGACUAGAAACAAACAACUUUAUUAAUAAGUAAUUCAUUUUUAUUCAUUUUUAUGAGAUAUUUUUUAAAGUACAUUAAAUAAUACUAUUUAUUUGAAACUAACUAAUGUUUAUGUGAUGAAAUUUUUGUGUUUAUUAUUAUAUAUAUAUAUUUUUUUUUUACACUGGAUUGUCUCAUCAUAGAGUAUUGUUUCGAUAUUAAUUAUUUUUUAUGAACAUUUUUUUUAACAUUCAAAUAAUUGAAAUUGUAAGGAAAUAAUUUUUUGAUUUAAAAUGUAUUAUUAAUUAUAGUAACUUAUUGAAGUAUCAAUUAUUAGUAACACAGAACAUUGGUACAUCAUUUUAAAAAAAGGCUAGCAAUUUCGUUUUUUGUUUACUAAAAUGUUGACUUACUGAUUUAUUUAAUAUUUUUUUCUUUGUUUUAUAUAUACCUCUAAAAUAAUUUUUUUCAAGUAUAAAAUAUUUCAAUUAAAUUAUAAACUUUUGUAUA